AUGUUUAAUUAUAUUUCCAUCGAAGAAAAAUAUCAAAAUUUGCUCAAAAAUUUAAAUACUGAAUUGCCAAAUCCGAUUGGCUUUCGUAUAGCUGAAUUCCCAUUGUUUCUCAAUGAUGAGUUUCGUGAUAGACUUAUUGAUGCUAGUAAUCAUAUUAUUGAUUUUAUAUUACGUCCAGAUUUUAAACAGAUAACAGAAAAAUCAAUUCCUGAUAAAUGGCAUUGUGCGAAUGAAAAUGAUCAUCCACACUUUAUUCAACUAGAUUUUGGAAUUUGUAGAGACCAAUAUGGCGAUACUGUACCCAAAUUAAUUGAGUUACAAGGAUUUCCAUCCACAUAUGCUUUACAAGCUGAUUUGGGUGAUGCCUAUUGUGUAACUUUUGACAUUCCUACCAAUUAUACCAACUAUUUUAAUGAAUUAGAUAAAACUCGCUUUCUUAGCUUAUUUAAACAAACUAUAGUUGGACCUCAUCAUCCUCAUGAAGUUAUUCUAAUGGAUGUAAAUCCAUAUCAGCAAAUUACAGCCACUGAUUUUUAUCUUACACAAAAAUAUUUAAAUAUUCCAAUUAUAUCAUUAGACGAUUUGAAACAAGAAGGUAACAAAUUAUUCUAUGAGCAUCAAGGUGAAAAGAAAUUAAUAAAAAGAAUUUAUAAUCGUCUUGUUUUUGAUGAAAUAAAUAAUGAUCCAGAUAUUUUCAAACAUAUUGUUGAUAUAAGACAAGAAUUGGACAUUGAAUGGAUAACACAUCCUCAUUGGUUUUAUCGCAUAAGCAAGUUUCUUUUAACAUAUUUAAAAGGUGAUUAUAUACCAAUAACAUAUUUCUUGAAUGAAAUUAUCAACACUAUUCCAGAUGAUCUAGAAAAUUAUGUAUUAAAGCCAUUAUUUUCGUUUGGAGGCCGCGGUGUCAUUAUUGAUAUUACGCAUGAUGAUAUUGAAAAAAUAAAAGAUCCAGAAAAUUGGAUAUUACAACAAAAAGUUAAAUAUGAACCUGUUUUACAAAUUACUGAUGAUGUUGUUAUAGGAGAAAUUCGUCUUAUGUAUCUUUGGCCUGAUGGUGAUAAAAGACCAACAUUGACUACAACUUUAACACGUUUAAGCAGAAACAAAUUGAUUGGUGUUCGGCAUAAUACAAACUCUGAAUGGACAGGUGUAACAGUCGCUUUUAUGGAAAAUACAAAGCGGAAUUCUGCGAAACUGACUUCGUCACACAAUAUACUCAUAUAG